CAUAAAAGCCUCCGCGGAUACGAACAUUGCCGCCUUAUCAUAUCUAAGCCACUCCAGAAGGCACACGACCUCAAUUCCUUGAUAUACAAGACAUGGUCACUAUCACUGUCACUGUAUAGUGAACUCCAUCCCGACCAAGGGCGAUCCACAUCAUCAAAGAAAAGAAGUCCAUCCGUCCCGGAAAUCCGACCGUGUCCCCUAGAACCCGCUACCUCGGGAGCCUAAACCUGAACCAUGGCAAGAUAUUCCAACAUCAACAACCUGGAUUACACCGACGACUCCUCAGACGACGGUCUACACUCUUUCAAUGACAACAACAACAACAACAACAACAAUGCCCCAUCCUACCGUCUGACCAGAUACACCCGCCCGUUAAUCGAUUACGUCCGAAACGAGUGGAAGACCAACCCCAAAUAUGCCUCCCUUCCCACAACAAACACCGAUGCCUCCUCCGACUACCCGCGCUGGGUCCAGAUACUCGGCUCGAUCAUAACGGCACCCCGCUUCCGUCGCUAUGUCGUUGUUUAUACGACGGUUCUGCUCUCGUGCUGGCUUGGCUGGAAGUUUAUUGUGUUGCCGCGGCUAGAGGAACAUGCGGCGAUUCUGCGCGGGCUGGAUCCACAGGUGAAGGAGGAAGUGGGCGGGUGGUUUGGGGCGAAUGCGUUACCCAGAUUCGAUAAUAUGGUUCAGUUGAGGACGUUGGAGCCAUCGCUGUUGCCUGGGGAGGUGACAUCGGAGUCCGAUCAGCAUGGCGGGAGGAGGUUGAUUUUUAUUGGUGAUGUGCAUGGUUGCAAGGAUGAGUUGGAAAGACUCCUAGAAGAGACAUCUUUCAACCCAGACACCGACCAUCUCAUCUUCACCGGCGACAUGAUCAACAAGGGCCCCGAUAGCCUAGGUGUCGUCGACCUAGUCCGCAAAUACUCAGCGUCUUGUGUCCGCGGCAACCACGAAGACCGAGUCCUCAGUCUCCGCCACAACAUGAUCGCCGCCAACACCAUGAACGACGAAUUCUUAGACGACGCAAACAUGCACAGGGGACAAUACACAAGAGAGCGCGAAUUGGCGCGACAGCUGAGCGACGAGCAGGCCGAUUGGCUCGAUACUUGUCCGGUUGUUCUGAACGUAGGCCAGAUCCAGGAUAUGGGCCAGGUUGUUGUGGCCCAUGCGGGACUGGUUCCGGGGGUGGAUCUCGAUAAGCAAGAUCCGUAUAGUGUUAUGAAUAUGUUGACUGUUGAUUUGGAUACGCAUGUGCCGAGUUCUUCGAUCAAAGGCACGAAGUGGACGAAGUUGUUCAACAAGCACCAGUCACUUCUCUCUGAUAGUCUCCAUGAGACCUUCGAAAACCCCGAGUCGAUGCUCACGACCGUCAUCUAUGGCCACGAUUCCAAGUCGUCACUUUCUCUUAAGACUUACACCAAGGGUAUCGAUACCGGCUGCUUCAAGGGUGGAAAAUUGACGGCACUAGUCAUUGGGGAUGGUGGAGAGCAGAAGACCGUGCAGGUGAGAUGUAACAACUAUACUAAAAAGUAAGAGGGCAGCGUGAACCUCGUCUUGGGUAUGACUUCUGGAUUUGCGUUUUCGUUUCUCCGCUGGCAUGGGGAAACCGUGUGACUUUGAAUAUAAAGCAUGCUUGGUGUUACGGCGCUUCAUGAUGAAAUUGGGUCAUUUCAAGGGCAUUGUCAUGUUUUGAUG